GCGGCAGUUGGUCUCGCGCUGCCGAGUGGCGAGUCCCGUGCGGCGGUUUCUGCGUCGGGUGUUCAGUGUACGUGGAUUGUGGACUGUAGGCAGGUGGCGGCGGCGGCUCUCCCCGUCAAAACCUUUCCUAUUCACCCCUCAAACCCCUUUCCCCCCUCCUUUACCCUUUGCCCUCCCCCCCUUUUACCUUUCCUUAGGCCUCCCUCGAUUUUACCUUACCCCCUCUCUCGUUGUCGAAGGGACGUGGACUAUUGUUCCUACCGAUCUACUCCUAUAUCUCCCCCUCCCCCUUCAUUCGGCUACUGGGCAGGCCGCCAGUUUCUUGCAACCAUCUUCGCCCCCUUCCAUCCGUUUUCCCUUCGGGGCCUGCCUCUCUGAACAGAGGCUGAUCUCCUCUGCCCUGGACUCCCGGAACUGGUGCAUCUCCACUUGAUUACACUGUUCCCAAAGAAUCCAGAAACACCAAUACUACUACCACAAUGGACCCAAAGAUGACUGAAGGCGGACUGAAUGUUACCCUUACCAUCCGACUGCUCAUGCAUGGAAAGGAAGUUGGAAGCAUCAUUGGAAAGAAAGGUGAAACUGUGAAAAAGAUGCGUGAAGAGAGUGGUGCACGCAUUAAUAUCUCUGAAGGAAAUUGUCCUGAGAGAAUUGUCACCAUCACAGGCCCAACUGAUGCAAUAUUCAAGGCAUUUGCAAUGAUUGCCUUUAAGUUUGAGGAGGACAUUGAUAAUUCAAUGAGCAAUAGCACAGCAACCAGUAAACCACCUGUGACCCUGCGACUCGUUGUGCCUGCUAGCCAGUGUGGCUCUUUGAUUGGAAAAGGAGGCUCCAAAAUCAAAGAAAUUCGUGAGUCAACAGGGGCUCAAGUCCAGGUGGCAGGGGACAUGCUGCCUAACUCCACUGAACGAGCUGUGACAAUCUCUGGGAUGCCAGAUGCAAUCAUCCAAUGUGUGAAGCAAAUUUGUGUGGUGAUGCUGGAGGUAGAGUAUAAGUCCCCACCGAAAGGUGCCACCAUUCCCUACCGCCCAAAGCCCGCCUCUGCCCCCGUCAUUUUUGCAGGUGGCCAGGUAAGAGCAGAUCCCCUCUCGGCCUCCGCAGCCAACCUCAGCCUCUUACUGCAGCACCAGCCACUGCCUGCCUAUACAAUUCAGGGACAAUAUGCCAUUCCACACCCAGAUGAUGCGUGCCUCUCGUCAGCUGACUAUAAAGCGGCGUUGGCAUCAACAUUGUGGAGAAGUCCGCAGCUUGCUCACUCAUCCUCCCAGCUGAAGGAAUCUGCCUGGACACCAGAGUCCUUGAAAGAAAAAAUGGAAUUUAAAAACUUUAAAGAAGAUUCAGGAACUUGGGGUUUGGAUGCCAAUUCCCCGGCCAGUACUCAUGAACUCGCCAUUCCCAAUGAUCUGAUUGGGUGUAUAAUCGGCAGACAAGGAAGCAAAAUUAAUGAGAUAAGGCAGAUGUCUGGGGCGCAGAUUAAAAUAGCUAAUGCAGCAGAAGGCUCAACGGAACGUCAGAUAACUAUUACUGGAUCCCCUGCCAAUAUAAGCCUUGCACAGUACCUCAUUAAUGCAAGGCUAACAUCUGAAGUUUCUGGAAUGGGCCCUCUUUAAUUGUUUAUGCAGCUCCCUCUGCUCUCCGUGUCAUGUUGCCCACCUGCGAAAACCACGAGCAACCUGCUUCCACUUGUUUGUAAAAUUUGUAUAUUACAGUUCUGCCUCAUAGAAAAUAGAUAAAAUGUUAAAUUUUAAGGAAUUAUUCUGAAAUUCUUUUUAAAUCCAGUCCCCCUUAACUAAACCCAACUACCCCACUUCUUGUUUUAAUGUAAGUUUUUUGUUUCGACAUUAACUUAAAUUAACAAUCGCUUGCAAAAAUUGUAUUUGAAGACUAUUUUCUCUGUAUACUUUUUAGUUUAGUAAUUACUGGUAACAUGAUUGCAACCUUUUUAUAUUAAAAAAAUAAACCUUGAUGUUAUCCAAUUAUUUGAAGUUCUAUCUGGAUGUAAUAAAGGAAGGUACAUGACAA